AUGUUUUCUUCGACGUGGCAACAGGUUCCAAAGUUUGUGGUGCAGCAGGUGCGUACGGCCACCAAGCGUGCUGCUGGUUCUCGUACCAGUAUGAAGGAUUCUGCUGGUCGUCGUCUUGGACCUAAGAAAUAUGAGGGCCAGAAGACUCAGGUAGGUGAGAUUAUAAUGAGACAGCGUGGUACGAAGUUUUAUCCUGGAGAAAAUGUUGGGAUUGGUAAAGAUCACACGCUUUUUGCGCUUGAACCUGGGUACGUCAGAUACUAUUUGGAUCCAUUCCAUCCGGGCAAGAAGUUCAUUGGGGUGUCAUUAUUUGAGGACGUGAAGCUUCCAUUGCCACAUUUCGAGCCUCGUUUGAGAAGAUUUGGGAAGAGUGUGAUUGAGGACGAGGAGAAGGCUGCAGCUGAAGCAGCAGCGUUGCCAAGAAAGAUUUACUUGAUUAAAGACGAGUUGAUUGCGAAGCAAAAGGAGCGUGAGGCCAAGCGCGAGGCGUUGAUGAAGGAGUACAGGAAGAUACUAGUUGAGGAGUUGAAACUGGACGUGAAUGAGCAGGAAUUGGCUUUGGCUUUGCCAUAUCUUGUCAGGUGGAAGACAUGUUUGAAGAACGGGUUUUCCGAGGAGGACAGCCAGUUCAAUGCAUUCUACUAUCUAGAGCAAGAUUUGAAGCUAAGGAUGAGGGACGAAGAGUCUGCUUCCAAGUUGCAGGACCAGCUGGCUGUUUUGAAGCAGGUGUCUAGCAAAUUGAACGAAUCUGUAUCCUUCAACAACAAAUUAGAGCUGAUCAAGUACAUUUCACGUGACGAGAAGAGCAAGCUCAAGGAGCAACUGAUUGCGGACUUGAAGGCCAUUGAUAUCAAGGACAAGAACAGCAAGAAGCUAGUUCUAAGCAAGUUUGAAAAUGCCAAGAACUUCUUGUCGCUAUCAGAGGAGGUGAAGUUGCGCAGAAAGUUCUUGAAGCCCGUGAAGCCAGAGACCAAGUUGGAAGAGCCAUUGAAGCCAUCCAAGAAAACCAUCACCUUGAGACGUUACAACUAUGAAGCCAAGACGAUCGACGUAGUAGUAAGACCGAAGACGGACUUCUUGGGGAAGUUGUAG